AUGUCGGUGAUGGUGGCGAGGAAGAAGGUGGUUCGGAAAUGGGAGAAGCUGCCGGGCAGGAACACCUUCUGCUGCGACGGCCGCAUCAUGAUGGCCCGGCAGAAGGGCAUCUUCUACCUGACGCUCUUCCUCAUCCUCGGCACCUGCGCCCUCUUCUUCGCCUUCGAGUGCCGGUACCUGGCUGUGCAGCUGUCCCCGGCCAUCCCCGUGUUUGCAGCCGUUCUCUUCCUGUUCGCCAUGGCCACGCUGCUGCGGACGAGCUUCAGCGACCCCGGCGUCAUCCCGAGGGCCCUGCCCGAUGAGGCAGCCUUCAUUGAGAUGGAGAUCGAGGCCACCAACGGGACGGUGCCGCAGGGUCAGCGCCCACCCCCGCGCAUCAAGAACUUCCAGAUCAACAACCAGAUCGUGAAGCUCAAGUACUGCUACACGUGCAAGAUCUUCCGGCCGCCCCGCGCCUCGCACUGCAGCAUCUGCGACAACUGCGUGGAGCGCUUCGACCAUCAUUGUCCCUGGGUGGGCAACUGCGUGGGGAAGAGGAACUACCGCUACUUCUACCUCUUCAUCCUCUCGCUCUCCCUCCUCACCAUCUACAUCUUCACCUUCAACAUCGUCUACGUAGCACUGAAAUCUCUGAAGAUUGGGUUUCUGAACACGUUGAAGGAAACCCCAGGGACUGUACUGGAGGUGCUCAUCUGUUUCUUCACGCUGUGGUCGGUGGUGGGGUUAACUGGGUUCCACACCUUCCUGGUGGCACUGAAUCAGACAACCAAUGAAGAUAUUAAGGGGUCCUGGACUGGCAAGAACCGUGUGCAGAAUCCCUACAGCCAUGGCAACAUCGUGAAGAACUGCUGCGAGGUGCUCUGUGGGCCCCUGCCCCCCAGUGUCCUGGACAGACGGGGAAUCCUGCAGCAGGAGGAGAGCACAGCUCAGGAGGGGUCGUGCCUGCGGGGACCCGGCACACAGGAGCCCCCGGCCACACAGGGCCCUGGGCAGGCCCAGGAGGGUGGCAUGAAGCAGCAGGAUGGCAGCAUUCCUCUCCCCAGUGCUGUCCCUGCACCGUCCGUGGCUGACACCGAGAAGCCAGAGGAGAAGCAGCGAACGCCUGGGGAGCUCCCGGUGCCCCCCCCGGACGCUGGGCGAGCGGAGCACUAGCAUCUGCUUGGAAGGGAGAACUUUGUUGUUUUGUCUAAUCAAAGCUGGAAGUGGUGGAGGAGAGGAGAAGGGCUGGAUGGCAGGCACCCGAUUCCCCAUGGCCAUUUUGCUUUAGUCAUUACUCACGGCGGUGACACGGGACGGCGAGCGUGGGUGGCACGCCCUGGGCACCGUGGGCACUGCACUGCAGGGCUGCCUGGGGCCGGGCCUCUGGCUCUGCGGGCUGUCCUGGGCACUCCAUCCCGCCUCAGGGCUGGGGCUGUCCCUCUGCCCGGCCCAGCCUGCUCCCUCCUGCUGAGGAAUCCCCGAGGAAGGGGAAAGCAAUGGUGGCAGCAACGUCCUCGCUCUCCUCCUCCCUCCUUCCUCUCAUCCGUCGCGUUGUUUCGUGGUUGGCGUGGCAAGGCUUGUCAGGAGACAGUUUGGUGGCCCAAGGACCCAAACAAGUGGGGAGGAGUUCUGCUGGCAGCGGUUUUUAAGUUUCUUCCUGUGUUCCUUUCCAUGUGAUGUAACAAGGCAGCAGCUAUGAGGGGACCCUCCCUCCCAUCCUGCCCUGGAUGGUGCUCACAGCACCCUGGGCUUGGAGGGAGGGAGAGGGCAGCCGGGCUGGGCUGGGCUGCAGGGAGGGGUCUGCCUGUGCCUCUGGCUCCUGGCUGCUGCUGGGUGUCUGCACUGAGCCCUCCCCAGCUGUGGCACAGCAGCUGUGCAGAACCUCAGCCCCGAUUCUGUGUUGUGUCAUUGCACCCCCGUGUCCCCCCCUUGCCUUCCUCUGCUGUUCUCAGCCAUCCUGGACUGGCUUUGGGAGCCUUGGAUCUUCCCAGGAUUGCACCAGCUGCCCGGGGCUGGGCCGUGUGGUGUCGGUCACUUCUGUCCUCAGCAGAGGGGGAGAGGCUGGGGGGAUGGUGGGGGAGCUCUGUGCCGUGGCAGGGCUCCCCCCACUCAUCCUGCACUGGCAGGAGCUUCACUCACACCUCUGGGAUCCCUGCAGAGCUGGCUGGUGGAGGAAAGGCCAUUCCGUGCCCUGGCAGCUCCGCAGCGCUGGGCACUGCUGUUCCUCCCCACGGGUGUGUGCUGGCUGCUGGGGGUGUCCUGCCUGGCCAGUCCCGUCUGUGUGUCCGUGAUGCUCCUGCCUGGCAGUGGGAAAUGGCUGCUGCCCCGCCCAUGGCCUCCUGUGCCACCCAGCAGUGGUGAGGAGUGGGCACAGCCAGACCCUGCUCCUGCUGGAGCCUGGCCUGUGCCCCCUGUGCUCCUCCUGUGCCCCCCGUGCUCCUCACCUGGGCUGGCAGCGAGGGCUGUGCUGUGAACAUGGCACUGCCCCCUGUCCCAGCUGAGAGGGCAGAGCUGCCACAGCUGCUCCCAGCUGGAAUGUGGCAGCCAGCACAGCCCCAGUUGCCCCAACAUGCUGCUGACCAAAUCUGCAAUUUGGUGCGAAAAAGUGUAAUUUUUGGCUCUGCUGCUCCCUGUUCCAAGAGGUGUGUGGAGUGCUGCCUGCCAGGACCUGCCCGCACGGGUCAGGGUCUCCAGAAGGAAGGAAAGGGUUGGGUGAGGGUUGGAUGUUCUUUAUUUUUUUCUUAUUAUUAUUUUUUUUAAUUUUAAAACAAUGAAGGAAACUGAAUUGGUUUGAAAAUGGC